AUGUCGCAACCAGAGACAAACCCUCUUGCGCCAGAGACCGCUGCGCGCGAGCCUGCUGAGGUCUCGAAGACACAGGAACAGACUUUCACGCCGCAGCCUACAAACGAAAAGCAAAAACCAAGCGAUCUCUCCCCUCCAUCCAGUACCACGGCCACUCCCGCAGACAAGGAGCACGGCCCUAAGUCGUCCUCCGGCAGCGAUGCGGUCUCAGUCAACGAACUAGAUGCGCUUAUUGCUCACCUGCCUGAAGAAGAGAGACAAGUGUUGAAGACUCAGCUCGAAGAGAAAAAAGCCAGCAUUUCCUUCUUCGGCCUUUGGCGAUAUGCUACCAAAGUCGACCUGCUUAUUCUUGCAAUCAGUGCCAUAUGCGCUAUUGCGGCCGGUGCGGCCUUGCCUCUAUUUACAAUUCUCUUCGGUUCCCUAGCAAAUUCUUUCAAAAACAUAAUGCAAUACGAGGUUUCGUACGACGAAUUCUAUGACGAUUUGACCAAAAAUGUUCUAUAUUUCGUGUACCUCGGUAUUGGCGAGUUUGUCACCGUUUAUGUCAGUACUGUCGGCUUCAUCUAUACGGGAGAACACGCCACCCAAAAGAUCCGCGAACAUUACCUUGAGUCCAUCUUGCGACAGAACAUCGGCUAUUUUGAUAAGCUGGGUGCUGGAGAAGUGACAACCCGUAUCACGGCCGAUACAAACCUCAUCCAGGAUGGCGUUUCGGAGAAAGUUGGUCUCACCUUGACUGCCCUGGCCACCUUCGUGACCGCAUUCAUCAUCGCCUACGUCAAAUACUGGAAGCUGGCCUUGAUUUGCAGCUCAACAAUCGUUGCCCUUGUCCUUACCAUGGGUGGUGGAUCACAGUUCAUCAUCAAAUACAGCAAAAAGUCGCUCGACAGCUACGGUGCCGGCGGUACAGUUGCUGAAGAGGUGAUCAGCUCCAUCAGGAAUGCCACAGCGUUUGGUACACAGGACAAACUCGCGAAGCAGUAUGAAGUCCACCUGGACGAGGCUGAAAAAUGGGGAACUAAGAACCAGGUCGUCAUGGGUUUCAUGAUCGGCGCGAUGUUUGGCCUGAUGUUCUCGAACUACGGUCUUGGUUUCUGGAUGGGUUCGCGUUUCCUGGUGGAUGGCGCAGUCGACGUGGGUGAUGUUCUGACAGUCCUCAUGGCCAUCUUGAUCGGUUCAUUCUCGUUGGGAAAUGUCAGUCCGAAUGCUCAAGCAUUCACAAACGCUGUAGCUGCGGCCGCAAAGAUUUUCGGAACCAUUGAUCGCCAGUCCCCCUUGGAUCCAUACUCAGAUGAAGGAGAGAUCCUCGACAACUUUGAGGGCCACAUUGAGUUACGCAAUAUCAAGCAGAUCUACCCGUCCAGACCCGAAGUUACUGUCAUGGAGGACGUUUCUCUGUCAAUGCCCGCCGGGAAAACGACUGCGUUAGUCGGACCUUCUGGCUCUGGAAAGAGUACAGUUGUCGGUCUAGUUGAGCGUUUCUACAUCCCUGUUCGGGGUACAGUCUUGUUGGAUGGCCAUGACAUCAAGGAUCUCAAUCUCCGCUGGCUCCGUCAACAAAUCUCUUUGGUCAGCCAGGAGCCUGUUCUUUUUGGCACAACGAUCUAUAAGAAUAUUAGACACGGUAUCAUUGGCACAAAAUACGAGAAAGAACCCGAAGACAAGAUCCGGGAACUCAUCGAGAACGCGGCAAGAAUGGCUAACGCUCAUGACUUCAUUACCGCCUUGCCCGAGGGGUAUGAGACAAAUGUCGGCCAGCGCGGCUUUCUCCUUUCAGGAGGUCAGAAACAGCGUAUUGCAAUCGCCCGUGCCGUUGUCAGUGACCCGAAGAUCCUCCUCCUUGAUGAAGCUACAUCUGCCUUGGACACCAAAUCGGAAGGCGUUGUUCAAGCGGCUUUGGAGAGGGCAGCCGAAGGCCGAACGACUAUCGUGAUUGCUCAUCGUCUUUCCACAAUUAAGACAGCACACAACAUUGUGGUUUUGGUUGACGGCAAAAUUGCUGAACAAGGAACUCACGAUGAACUGGUUGACCGUGGGGGCGCUUAUCACAGGCUUGUGGAGGCGCAGCGUAUAAACGAGCAGAAGGAGGCUGAAGCUAUGGAUCAAGAGGACGGCGACGCUGAUGAUCUCACCAGUGCGGACAUUGCCAAAAUCAAAACUGCGUCCAGCGAGUCUUCCGAACUCAACGAGAAGUCUACGACCAUUGACCGCACCGGCACCCACAAGUCGAUUUCCAGCGCCAUUCUGUCCAAGAGGCCGCCCGAAACAGCUCCUAAAUAUUCGCUAUGGAACCUGCUCAAAUUCAUUGCUUCCUUCAAUCGGCCUGAAAUUCCGCACAUGAUCAUCGGACUCGUCUUCUCAGUCUUGGCCGGUGGUGGUCAACCCACACAAGCCGUGCUAUAUUCCAAAGCCAUUAGCACCCUCGCGCUCCCCGAAUCACAAUAUGGCAAGCUCCGCCACGACGCGAACUUUUGGUCACUGAUGUUCUUUGUUGUUGGUAUCGUUCAGUUUAUAACGCAAUCAACCAGCGGCGCUGCGUUUGCUGUAUGCUCUGAGAGACUCAUUCGUCGCGCGAGAAGCACGGCCUUCCGGACGUUACUCCGUCAAGACAUUGCUUUCUUCGACAAGGAAGAGAAUAGCACCGGCGCCUUGACCUCCUUCCUAUCCACCGAGACUAAGCAUCUUUCUGGAGUCAGCGGCGUGACACUAGGCACGAUCUUAAUGACUUCCACUACCCUGGGAGCCGCAAUCAUCAUCGCCCUGUCGAUUGGUUGGAAAUUAGCCUUGGUCUGCAUUUCAGUUGUGCCAGUUCUCCUUGCAUGCGGUUUCUACCGAUUCUACAUGCUAGCCCAGUUUCAGUCACGAUCCAAGCUCGCCUAUGAAGGUUCCGCAAAUUUUGCCUGCGAGGCUACAUCAUCUAUUCGCACUGUUGCAUCGUUAACUCGAGAAAUGGAUGUCUGGAACAUCUACCACGCCCAACUUGACGCACAAGGCAGGGCCAGUUUAAUCUCUAUCUUGAAAUCAUCCCUGCUAUAUGCCUCGUCGCAGGCGCUUGUUUUCUUCUGUGUUGCGCUCGGUUUUUGGUACGGAGGAACCCUUCUCGGCCACCACGAGUAUGACAUGUUCCGCUUCUUUGUAUGCUUCUCUGAAAUUCUUUUCGGUGCUCAAUCCGCGGGCACCGUCUUUUCUUUUGCGCCAGACAUGGGCAAGGCAAAGAAUGCGGCAGCCGAAUUUCGACGAUUGUUUGACAGAAAGCCACAGAUUGACAACUGGUCCGAAGAGGGCGAGAAGCUCGAAACGGUGGAGGGUGAAAUCGAAUUCAAAGGCGUGCACUUCAGAUACCCGACUCGCCCUGAGCAGCCUGUCCUCCGUGGCUUGAACCUGACCGUGAAGCCCGGACAAUAUGUUGCGCUUGUCGGACCUAGCGGUUGCGGCAAAAGUACUACCAUUGCACUUCUAGAGCGCUUUUACGAUGCAAUCGCCGGAGAGAUCCUUGUUGACGGAAAAAACAUUAGCAAACUAAACAUCAACUCCUACCGCAGCUUCUUGUCCCUGGUCAGCCAAGAGCCGACUCUCUACCAGGGCACUAUCAAGGAGAAUAUCUUGCUCGGUAUUGUGGAGGACGAUGUGCCUGAAGAGUUCUUGAUCAAGGCUUGCAAGGAGGCCAAUAUCUACGACUUCAUUAUGUCACUGCCUGAGGGAUUCAAUACCGUUGUUGGAAGUAAAGGCGGCAUGUUGUCAGGUGGUCAAAAGCAACGUGUAGCCAUUGCCCGAGCGCUACUUCGUGAUCCUAAAAUCCUACUUCUCGACGAAGCCACGUCAGCCCUGGACUCCGAGUCAGAAAAGGUCGUCCAGGCCGCUCUGGAUGCUGCUGCCCGCGGUCGAACCACAAUCGCUGUCGCACAUCGUCUUAGUACGAUUCAAAAAGCGGAUGUUAUCUACGUCUUCGACCAAGGCAAGAUCGUCGAGAGUGGAACUCACAGCGAACUGGUCCAAAAGAAGGGUCGGUACUACGAGUUGGUCAACUUGCAAAGCUUAGGCAAGGGUCAUUAA